AUGCCAUACCAAGAAGACCUGCCGUUCCCGUCGAAGGAGGAGGAGAACGAGCUGCUAGAACAAAAGCCUAACCUGGAUUUCAUCAUGUGGGAAACUCGCGCUACUGAGUCUUUUCUUACUAGCAACUUUGGUGAUUGCUUGUCAUAUGCAUCGGAUAAGUACCCCCAUAAUCCGCCACCCUCUGGCCAAUAUCGAGAACUUGGAGAUUAUAGAUGUUUUGGUCAACUGCUGGAAUGUAUCGACUUCAACUGUGAAGCGAACGGGGAUGGUCGACUGCUUCGCGGAGAAAUCAUGACCAUCACCGGUAUCAUGGCUGGUCGUUUGAGAUCCAAGCGGCUGCGCGCUCAUGUUGUUGCCCCGAUGCUGGUCCUGUCUCUCAUGGGUCAUUGUCAUGCCCGCGUCCUGGAGGCAGAUUUCGACGGAAAGAUUCUCAACAUACGCGCUUCUAAGUUGUACGAUUUCACGCAAAAGAACACCGAGUUCGUGCAUUCGCUGACGCGGUAUUGGCUUGGUGGCGCGUGCGGCAAGAUUGAGCUGUGA